GCUAUGGAGAAUCUUGUCAACAAGAUUUCUGUUUUUCUUGCCGUCUCCUUUCUAACAAGUUUGUCAGGUUUGGGGUUUGUGCGACCGUUGGGCAUUAAUUACGGCCAAGUCGCCAACAAUCUGCCGCCGCCAGAGAAGGUUCUGGAACUCCUUCAUUCCCUGAGGUUGUCCAAGGCAAGAAUCUACGACACCAAUCCCCAGGUCCUGACAGCCUUCGCCAAUUCCAACAUCGACCUCAUCGUCACCGUCGAAAACGAAAUGCUCGCAUCUUUAACGGAUCCCAACCAGGCCCUCCAAUGGGUCUCCACCCACAUCAGGCCCUACUUUCCGGCCACCAAGAUCACCGGAAUCGCCGUCGGCAACGAGGUCUUCUCCGGCGACGACACCUCCCUCCUAACCUACCUCGUCCCCGCCGUCGUCAGCAUCCACGCCGCCCUCGCCAAAUUUGGUCUGGAUCAGUUCAUUCAGGUCUCCACCCCCAAUUCGCUCGCCGUUCUCCAGGAAUCGUUCCCGCCGUCGGCCGGGAGCUUCCGGCAGGAACUCGCCGGAAUAAUGCCCCAAUUCUUACAGUUCCUGGCGGCCACCAGGGCCCCCUUCUGGAUCAAUGCCUACCCGUAUUUUGCCUACAAGGACAACCCGAGCCAAAUCCCGCUGGACUACGUACUAUUCAACCCGAAUUCGGGGAUGUCGGAUCCGAACACGAGGCUGCAUUACGACAACAUGCUGUACGCCCAAGUCGACGCCGUCGUCUUCGCCAUGGAGAAGAUGGGAUUCGGGGGGGUUGAGGUUAGGGUGUCGGAGACAGGCUGGCCUUCCAAAGGCGACGCCGACGAGGUUGGCGCCACCUUCCAGAAUGCGGCGGUUUACAACCGGAAUAUUCUCCGGCGACAGAUGGCGAAUGAGGGGACGCCGUUGAGGCCAAACGCCAGACUCGAGAUUUACGUGUUCGCUUUGUUCAACGAGGAUAUGAAGCCCGGCCCGACUUCCGAGAGGAAUUACGGCCUCUUCCGGCCCGACGGGACAAUGUCGUACAAUGUCGGGUUAUCGGCAUUGGCCACCACUUCUUCAUCGACGCCGUCCGCCGCUUCCAUUUCCUUAACUUCAGAUGCUUCUUCACAGGUUAAUCGAAGAUGGAAUCGGAGAUUCAUGUGUUCAUCGAUGAUCCUUAAUUUUCUGGCCUUCAAAGUUUUUAUCAGAAGACAGUUCUAAUGAUUAAGGAUCGGUGCAGCACUGCAUGUAAAUAACAGGUUUUGCAGGAGGAAUAUAUUUGGGGGGUAAUUCGGUCAUUUCGUCAUUACCACCAUGAAAGAUAUUCUUGAACGCAAAAUAUAUAAUAUAAUCACACUCAAUUCAUUCGGGGAUCGAGAAGAUCCACAAUUGAAGUCAAAAUGCAGAUGGGAAUUGAUCGAUCUUUAUUUAUAAUUUUGGUAAUGAUCCAAAACUGACCAAAAUUAAUCAUGGGUUUCUUAGCUUCUUGGUGAUCAUCCCAUGUAUCGUUGCACAAGAACCGUUUCGAUCGCCAGAACGGACGGCUGAUGAUGACAAUGAUGAGGCAGAAAAAAAAAAAAUAGUGUAGUAUCUCCAGAAAGUGUGGUAGAUUCUCCAAUCUUAAUUUCAGAUUUGUAAAAAUUACAUCAUUAAUUGUUUAGCUGCAAAUUAAUGUAAUAGAGAUGUAUUUGAUA